GGCACUGGCACUUGGCACUUUGGCAGUUCAAAAAAUGACAAAAUGACAAAGACGUAUUAUUGUAGGUUAUGUUGUCUAUAUUUAGUAAAAAUGUAAUUAGUAACUUAAAUUAUUCCAUUAAGUGGUUUUAAACCAAACAUGACAACGUCGCCCACCAGAACCAAACAAAAAUUAUCCCUACGAAAACGUUUGUUCGUGAAGAAGUCCCCCAAAGUCGGUUGCUAUGUCGAUACGGAUUCCAACGAAGAGUUUAGCCAGUCGCACUCCCGCCCUAUGUCCCCAGCUGAUCCUUUUAUAGCACAAAGUGCACAUUACUCUGAGGCGAGCGCGGAUAGUCACCAUCGUCAAAAUUCAAAUAGCGAACACGCCAGCGACGGUUCCAACCAUAGUAACAGUAGACACUGCGUCGACGACGAAACCAAUCCAAAGUGCUGUAAAACCUUCUUCAGGAGAUCUCGGCCGAAGAGUUUGGUAGAACCACAAUCUUCCAAAGAAGAUUCAGUAUCAAGACCGAGCAGUCCAGUAAACUCAAGUAACAAUAGUUUAAGCGAUCACAUAGUAUCACAAACUAAGAGUGAUGAAAUACCUAAAGUAACUGUAAAUUAUCCUAAAAGUGAUGAUUCAAAGAAGUAUUUUGAACACUCUGGGUCAUUUGAAGGUAUUAAACCAAAGAGUAAGUUAUUUGUUAAGAGGCUCUCAGCUGAUCACUUGAUAACUAAUGACACUAAGCCACUCUACCGCUCAUCAUCUCCAGAGAGUGAUAGAAGCAGUUCCUUAGAUCGUAAAAGGAGGAGCAAGUCAACGAUCACACGGUCAGUUUCACGCGCAGGGAGCACUGACAGCUUGGUACGCAAUUCCCUGCUUGCUGCACAGGUCCUGAGGCUUAUACCCACACAGGAGGCAAAACAGAGGAACUAUUUAUAUGGAAGAUUGGCAUCACACUCCUUGCUAGGUGCAGCUGAGUUGGAACAUGUGUUUCCAGAUAGAGAAGUCAAAAUAUUUGUUGGUACAUGGAAUAUGAAUGGCCAAGCUCCACCAAGAGAGCUGGCUGAUUUUAUUUUCCCCAAUCAAGUGGAGCACGUGCCGGAUAUUUUCGCCAUCGGCACACAAGAGUCGUAUUCUGAGAGGACAGAGUGGGAAAUUACUAUACAGGAGGUGUUGGGACCAUCACAUUUACUUCUGCAUUCUUAUUAUUUAGGUACAAUUCACUUGACAGUGUUCAUAAGGAGGGACCUUAUAUGGUUCUGCUCGUUACCAGAAGAUGCCAGUCUGUCUGUCCGUCCGGGUACCGCCUUCCGCACCAAAGGGGCUGUCGCGAUAUCCUUCGCGCUGUUCGGCUCCACGUUUUUGUUCGUAACUGCACAUUUAACUGCACAUCAGGAGAAAGUUAAGGAGAGACUAUCGGAUAUCAAAAGGAUAAUACGGUCGAUUGAUUUGCCGAAAAAUUUGCCGUGCAGACAUAGAAGCAAAGAUGUAACAAGCAAUUUCGACUACGUGUUCUGGUGUGGCGACUUAAACUUCAGAUUGGGUGAACCAAGAGCAGCAGUACUGAGAUGGAUUGAACAAACAAAAUUCCCUCUGCCUCCACAUUUGCCUCACGGGCUCUUGCACGCGGACCAAUUGACGGUGGUGUUAGAAGACGGUGCCGCCUUCAGGGAUUUCCAAGAGGCGCCUAUUACUUUUCCACCUACGUACAAGUAUGACCCAGGAAGUCAGCAGUUCGACACGUCCAGUAAACAGAGGGCGCCGGCGUAUACUGACCGCAUACUGUACAAGGCGAGAAGUAUGGGCGUCACCUCGACAUCGACUUUUGCAGGUUUAAGGCGCAUAAGUACUCUGCCCACUCCGCCGGCCGGCCUGAAGUGCGUCGCGUACAACUCCGUACAGUCCGUGGUGACGAGCGACCACAAGCCGGUGUGGGCUCUGUUCUCAGCCGCACUGCGACCCGGAACCGAUAUAGUCCCGCUAGCGGCCGGUCUGUUCAAUAGAGAAGUUUACUUGGAAGGGAUCAAACGUCGACGCGCGCUGCUGGACCACGCUCCCGGCACUUCUGCUGUAUGUACCCUCCAGUAAUUAUUAUAUUUAUUUAUACAACUUAAUUAUAUAUACGUUAUAUUAACUUUUCAAAGAAGCUUUUUUUUCGAUUUAUUUUAUUAAAGGUAAAACAGACAUAAUAAAUGUUUCAAAAAAUUAUUUUUUUAGCUAGCUGGUAUCUGAAUAGAUAACCAUUAAAUGUCAAUAGGCUAAUUUAAGUUCCGCGUUAAGAGAUAAUGAGAUAAUUUUUUUUACUACAUAUCGUUCUCUAUUUCGUUUAGAUGGGACUAAAGAGAGACCGAUAUGUAGCAAGAGAGAUUUUUGUGCUGUAUAUUUCGUUGCGAUGGAACUAAAGACAUUGAUGUUUCUGCUAUCUAUUUUGUUUGCUAUGGAACGAAAGAGAGAGCGAUAUUUCUGCUAUCUAUUACGUUGCGACAGGGCGAAAGAAAAAAGCGAUAUUUCUGCUAUAGUAUGCGCAUUAUCAUCUGAGUCGUCCGGUCAUAAAAGUCAAAAAAGAUAGGAAUGUGCAGCGCGCCUACCUGCGCACCCUAAUUAUCGAUAAACGGCUACCUGCGCACGUGCUAAUGAUGAGUCAAUAAUGAUUUGGACGAUUCUGAUUGGUCGGUUUCUAAUGUAAUUGCAUUGCGUAUUUUUUUUGCUAUAAAUGUGUUUACUGCAAUUAAAUAAAUACAUUCAUGUGUUACUCGUUGCGCACUAUGGAUACUAAUAUAUAAUAAAUUUGGCAGAAGACGAAGAUUCUGAUGAUGAAGACUCAGAUGAAGAUUAAUUUUAUUUAGUUAAUAAUUAUAUAAUAUGAAAUAUGUAUUAUAUUAAAUCAAAUAUUGUUAAUUUUUUUAAUUUUGUGAACAAGAUACGAUAAUAAACUUUACUUAUCGAUAAUAUGUCUUUCAUUGUUACACCCUUCACUAGACGGCUCCAUAAGACCCAUAAGUGCAAGCGAGAUAGAUAUAGAGAAAUGAUUUAUGGCCCUAAGACUCAGUUGUUAAUGCUAUUAGUAUAUCUAUCUCGUUGCAAUGAGCAAAGGGGAUAGCAAUAUUUUUGCUGUCUAUUACUUUGCUAUGGGGCGAAAGAGAAAGUAAUAUUUCUGCUAUCUAAUACGUUGCGACGGGGCGAAAGAGAAAGCGAUAUUUCUGCUAUCUAUCUCGUUGCGAUAAAACAAAAAAGAUAGCAAUAUUGCUGCUAUCUAUCUCGUUGGGAAGAGACAAAAGAGAUAGCAUUAUUUCUGCUAUCUAUCUCGUUGCGUUUUUCCAAAAAAUUGAGCUAUGUAGUUAAAAUUAUUUCUUAAUCUCUUGACGCUUUUUCUUAUGCCUACAAAUGGUUAGUUUCUCGUUCGUAGUAUAAAAUAGCUUCCAUAUAGUUUUUAGAACUUUUAGUUGCAUUUAGUGAAUGUAUUGUUUACUGAAACUGAAAAUAUGACUGUGUCAAUAUAUGUAAUUAAUAGAUGUCUGUUUUAGCUACCUUAUUUAUUAGCAAAAAAAUCAACUAGUGUUGUCAGGAAAUUCAUUCCCGAAGAUAUUAUAUAAUUUUUUACCAUGAAUUAUGUAUUUUACAUACCAAAGAAACUUAUAUUAUAUUUUGUUAGAGUUAUUUAAGUUUGAAAAUUAAUUGAUUUAUUUUAUUAUUUAUUUUUACAAAUGUAUUACUAUUACAACAAUUACAUUAUGAAUGUACACAUAAAAAAAAAGCUAAUGUAAGGCAUUGUGAAAAAUACCCGUCCUGUUCUAAAGAAAUCAUUAUGAAAUGAACGUCAAUAUUUAGGUUUCGCUACUUUAGUGAGCUUUAUUAAGUUAUUAUGUUUUAUAUUACUGUAUUAUUAAGGUAAGUGCACACGAUGACAGAUCGUAUAACAGCACAGUGUAUUUCAUAUGUCAUCCAUUGCAUUAUUUCUACUUAACCCUUUGUACGUAAUGUCUUAAAAUUCCAUUAAAAUGAUUGCAGGACAGAUUGUCAUCGUGUGGCAAACAAUUAGGCCCCUUGACUUUUUGUCACCAACGCAAAUGCUUUAUGCUUAAGCCGCAUACAAGUCGAAUAGAACAGAUUCAAAGUAGUUCAAAUAACUUUUUUGAAUCUGUAAAAAACAUUUAAAAAAAAAUGUGGUAGCCGUUUAACAAAAGCAAUAGGCCCAUCGUGGAUGAACAUGAUUUGUCAUCGUAGGUGACAAAAAGUCAAAAUGUGAUGUCACAUUGACAUAAAAUAAUACAAAGACGUAACACUUAAUAUUCAUAAAAAAUAAUGUGUUAGGCUGUUUACUUACUUGAAUUGAUGUACUUACUGAAUUUUUUAUGUCAACCAAAAGUUAAAGUAGGAUGUGAUGUACGUCUGACAAAAGACAAAUCUAGUCAUACCCCAAGAGUGUUAAAACAAACAGUAUUCAAGUUAGUUGUUCAUAGUUAUUUAUUCCUAAAACUAUCAUUAGAUUUAAGUUAUCAGUUAUUACUCUAUAUAUCUACACAUAUAAAUGUGUAUUUGCAUAUAUGUAAUAGUAAAUUCUUUUCUCGACUAUUUUAUCUAAUAUAACAAUUAGGAAAUGAUUUAGGUUAAAUAUUGGGACCAAUGUCUGAUCCAACAUUGGCUAUCCACUUAACAUUUAGGAUUACCAAGUAUCGAAGUUUUGUGCCAACGUUGGUUACGCGCUUACCUAUAGCUUGUACUUUUGAUAUUCCAUUAAUACUUACGCACAAACUCCUGUAUAGUUUCAUGUUUAAUUAUAUCGACAAUAUAUUUUAAUACUUAGUGAAUAUAAUUGGUUUUUAAGUCAGCAUUAGGGUUUAUUCACACACAUCAGACAUAUCGUCAUUCAAUGACAUAAAAUAUUGUUCAAUGUAUGACGUGCGGGGAUAAAUUAAAUUAGUUAUUAAUUUAGCAAAAAUUGAUGUUUAUUCACGCAUAUCGGUCAUGUCGUGAUUCAGUAACAUAAAAAAUAUGUUAAAUGUCUGACGUGCGGAAAUAAAUGUAAUUGGUUUUUAAUUUAGCCAAAAUUAAGGUUUAUUUUCUCGCAUCAAUCACGUAUCAAGUCAAUAACUUAGAAAACAUAAUUAUUUUUAUGUCUGACGUGCGUGAAUAAACGUUAACACUAGAAAAAAAUGCAUUUUGUAUUGAAUUAGAACUAGGUGUUAAUAUGUUUUCGUGAUUUCAUGUUUUCGAUAACCAUUUUUCGUUUAUUUGUUACCUUUAAAAUAACUAAGUCAUUUUAGGUUGUAUUAAUUGUUAUCAUUGCAAGAAUAUUGCGAGCUUAGUUAACUGUAAGUUAAUAGGGAAUAUUUAUGUUAUAUUCAAGUUGUAUAACAAUUUUUUUUUUGGAAAAAACACGUCCACAUUGAAAUAACAAAAUAUAAGUUUGUUGUGAUUUACAUACUGUAAUAUAGUCAUACUUUAAUAUAUGUUUUAUUAAAUUGCGAGUAACAUAUUUAAUUAAGUAUAUAACAUCAAAUAUUGCAAAAUAGUGUGGACUUACCUUUAGGGCGUUUAAAGUUGUUUUUGUGACUUUUGUAAGGUGUCAUGCAAAGUUGUAUGGAAAGAUCAGGAAUUUGGUAGCAACUGCUACAAAUGUAUUAUAUUUUGUUUUCUGUUUUGAGAUUUGUGUCAUUAAAUAAUACAAUUAUUGUUACUUUAUUUAAUGACAAAUUAUGUAUAUUAAUAUAUAGCUUUUGUGUUUUUGUUAUUAACAAAAUGGAACAAAGAAAAGACAUAUAAUUGCUUUUAUAAGUAUUUCUUUAUCUAUAAGAUAAUUAACAAAAGGAAUUAAUAAAGUGGUAGCUUUUGAGCUUUGAACAAUUUUUAUCGAUUUUAAAUUGAUUAAAAUUUCUCUGAAUAAGAGCAUAUUAAAUUAAUGACUUGUAAUUAAUAUUAUCAGUACUAUACUGUAAGUUUAGAUUUGUUAUUGGUAUAUAAACAUUUAGAUUAUCAAUUGUGUCUGCCUGAGAUUACAAAAUAACUGUGUUUUAUCAAAAGCUAAUAGUAAUUUAAACAACACUAAAACACAAAUAAACCUUUUUUAAUUUUAUCUGCCUGUCUGUUUGUCCAGGCUAAUCUCUAAAACGACUGAACUUAUUUGAAUGAAACACUCACUGGAAGAUAGAAGAGUACCGAAACCAACCAUAAACCAACUUAAACCUUUUUUAAAAAGUUAUCAUUUUUUAAUGAUUCUUUCUUUUUUUAACUCACACUUAACUUAACACGUCCGCUGCGGUACUGAUUUUUCUGUACUUUCCUCUGGUGCGGUACGAGGUUUUUUGACCUCAUACUUAAACUUCGUGGUGCGGUACGAGGUCCAUCGACCUCGUAACCCUUGAAGUCGCUAUACAUACGAGGUCAAUUGACCUCGUACCGCAGCGAACGUGUUAAUAGACUAAUUUAAGAAAAUGAGAUAUUUUAUUUAUUACUAGCGGACGCCCGCGACUUCGUCCGCCCUUAGACCUCUUUAAUCAGCCCUUACAUGGAGUAACUUCUCCCGUUUUCCCAAAUUUUCCCUUCACUGCUCUGCUCCUAUUGAUCGUAGCGUCAUGAAAGUAUACCAUUUUAAUAUCAAUAAUUGCACCAAGUUUCGUUAAAAUCCAUCGAGUAUUUUUUGUUAUUACGAACAUACAGACAGACAAAAAUUUUAUUGAUUGCAUUUUUGGCAUCAGUAAGUAUCAAUCACUAAUCGCCCCCUGAUAGUUAUUUUUGAAAUAUAUUUCAUGUACAGAAUUGACCUCUCUACAGAUUUAUUAUAAGUAUAGAUAUUAAAUAUGAUAUUUGAUUACCCGUACAAGAUUGUAGUUGGACUUCACAAGGCUAAGCGAGAAGUGAUUGCGUAGACCAUUUGUUCUUUUUUCAAGAUUUCUAGAAUAACGUAGUUGUAAAGUUGUAUUUCUAAAACUGCCUUACUACGGUAAACCGUCUUAUGAAAUGUUAACAUUUCAAUUCUAGGUGCUGUGAUCGAUGUUUGAACCUAGUCAAUCCUUAAAUAAAUAUGUAGUAGGCAGUAGUAGUCACUUAUGACGUCAUAGAAAGCUGAAUGUAGGCUGUGGCGUGAAUAUUUCAAUCAGGGUAAGCAUGUAGAUAAAUAUCGGAUUUUCUUUUUGCUUGAAAAUUGUUUUGAGGGUAGAUAGUGUUUUCAGCAUAAAUAAAGCGCACGCCACACUAUUUAAAGUGGUAUUCAUAGACGUUGUAGGGGCACCCUCGGGGAAUCAUUCAGCCCCUGUGUAUCGAACUUAACCUCUAUUUGUUUGAGAAUUUGACACUGAUUUGGUGAAUCAUCCCCUGGGGGUGCCACUACAACGUCUAUGAAUUCCACUGUUAAUGUUUUAAAACCUAUAGGUAUGUAGUUUUAAACCACCUCAAUUAAUCGCGAGAUGUAACCAAUUUCAGAAAAAUUUAAUUUUUCAGUUCGGGGAUCCUUUAUAUGAAAUUUAUAAAAGAAUCACCAAAAUGACACAUUGGGAGAAAUAUACCUCUAUUUGUAUAUGUAAUCGUCUAGUCACGAAUGAUGUCAAUCAUUGAAAAUUUUCGUUUAUAAUCCUAAAUAUAUUUUUACUAGACACCAACACUUUUCGGCAUAAAAAAACGUUAAGAUAUUUGUUUAGAAAACAGCGAAUUUAUCGCAUCAUAUUAAAACGAAACAUUCUUGUUUUUAAAGUCAGUUGAACAAUGUGGUAAAGUGCCCAUUUUUGCAUUGGAUCAGUUAAUAAAUUGAGUUCAGUAAAAAAUUCAGUAUAUAUCCAUUUUCUUUACAGAUAAAUAUAAAAUGUAGAUCUAAACGCACAUUCUAGUCAAGACAUAAAUUACUAAAGACUCGGGUCGGAUAUAAUAAAUUUAAGGCUAAACUAAAAUAUUUACAUUUUAUAACAGACUAUAAUAAAUCAAUAGACUAAAAUAUCUGUAACAAAUCAGCCAAAUCAGUUUUGACUAAGUAUUAUGCGCUACAAAAAAAUAGGCUAUUAUGCUACAAAAUAAAAAAAUGUCAAUAAGUAGGUAUAUUAUGUAGGUAUACGUACGUUAUUUUUUCAAAAGUGCUUCAAUGGCUAUUUAUAUUAUCUAUAAAAAAAAGCUAAUUUUUAUAAAAGUUGGUUUUGAAAAGGUUUUGAAAAUUAUAUAGACCGUAUAUUAUUCUUUAGAUUGCAAUUCUGCAUAUUUUUUUUUGUUGCUGCGAAAGCACUUUUGGUAUAAUUCCUUUGCUUGUUUUUCAAAGUACCGACGCCGACGUAGUAAAACCAGAUUGUCUUCCAUAGAUAAUAUAUCAGUAUCCUUAAGGUGUGUUUUGCUAUAAAUGUAUUAACAUUUAAUGUAUAAAUGUAUUAACACUUUUCCUUCACAUAUCCGAAAUAUGUCUGCACUAAAAUACAGAACUUAACCUUUUUAGUACUAUGUUGCCACCAUAGUUUUUAAUCUAUAGUCCCUAGUAGCUUUUUUAAUUACCUCAUACUUAGAAAAAAUCAAGCUACCGUCAUCAACUUCAAAAAUCAUUGUUUUCGAAUGUCUAUUUAUUUUUAUAUCUACGCUCUAGACUGCAGACCGAGAAACAAAUAGACGGAUUUGCUAUUUUUAAAUGCAUGCGCACUCGCAGCACUUAAUUAUAUGUAAAACAUAUUACCUAAACAGUUUUCUUAUAUGAUCAUAGUUUUGAGGCUAUUAUUGAAAUUAUUGGUACAUGCUAAGUAACUUUAUUUGAUAAAACCAUCGAUCUCCUAUUAAAAAGUGGAUGCACAAUCAGCGACCAAAAAACGUCCCCACUCAAUGGUGCCAAAUACAACUUCUUGGCACUCAAUUCAAGUAGCCGCAUUUGCAAAUUCAACUUUAAACUCAAUCCUUAAUGUUGAAUUUGUUCUGAAUUUGUGAUUUUAUUGAAUACUAGCGGACUCGCUCAAGCUUCGCUUUGACUUAUUAAUUUAUUUAUUUGCACUUCUUCCCUAUCCCUACCUUACACUACCAUACUCCUACCCUUACCCCUACCCUACCCCUACCCUACCUCUACUCUACCCCUACCCUACCCUACCCUACAACUACCCUACCACUACCCUACCCCUACCCUAUCCCUAUACCAUAAACCUACCCUACCACUACCCUACCCUACCCCUACCCUACCCCUACCCUACCGCUACCCUACCCCUACCCUAUCCCUAUACCAUACCCCUACCCUACCACUACCCUAUCCUAGGAUUUAGGGGUUUGAAAAAUAGAUGUUGGCCGAUUCUCAGACCUACUGAAUAUGCACAAAAAAUUUCAUCAAAAUCGGUCGAGCCGUUUCGGAGGAGUUCAAGUUCGAACACCGCGACACGAGAAUUUUAUAUAUUAGAUUGGACUAUAUUUUAAGGCCUUUAGGUAUAAUUUUCUUUAAUAAUAAUUCUAAAACUGUCAAAGCAAAAUUGGCCAGUUUUUAAGUGAAAUUUUCUACAUGAUUGUGCGUCAAUGGAUAAAACAUUAUUUUCAAAAAGCAAAUGUGUUAUCGACCUUACAAGGGAUCUUAGACAAUAUUUACUUAGGGAAUGUUAAUACACUUAUAGCAGAAUAGGAACUGUCUAUUACGAGUGAGUAUAUAUUGUAAGUAAAGUCGAAACCUGUAAUACUGUAAUACUAUUGCAUUCACAUUAUUCCAGUAGCUGGUUUUUUUGGUUACUUAGUUCAAUCCGAUCUAAGGAUUUUAGUGUUAUAUAUUUUUAAGAUGUAGGCUGUAUACAAUCACUUCAAUCCAAAGAUAUUAUACUAUUAGAUAUGUACUUGUACCGACUCGUAAAUCUAUGGUUACUAUAGUGUUUUUCAGGUAGCAUGGCUACGGUGACAGUUCGUUGCACUCUUGAAUGUUUGCCCCAAAUCACGAUAAUAGUACGUAUUAUGAACAUCAAAAGGCAAUUGUCACUUUAGUGCGUAUAAUGUAAGUAAACCUAAAAUUGUGCAUGUGUGUACUCAAUGGAGUAGCUAAAUUCGGUUCACUUUUUGCGGUUUUUUUUUGGCACGUAACAUAUCUAAUAGUAUAAAAUCGUUGCUUCAAUCACAUAUAUUAUGUUGGUAAGAGAUCGAUGAUAGUCGAUCUCUCAUCGACCAUCGAUAGACCGCCUUUAAAAAUAUACAUAUUUCAGGGUAUAGAAAAAAAAAGGCAAGAAGUAUUUAAUAUCAAGUACAUUGUGAUACAGAUGUCUGUAAAAUAUAAAAAUAAUUAUUUCGAUAUAAAUAACUUAUUCGUUAACGUUAAUUAGCAGUAUCUAAAUAUUCAUAUGUAAUUUAUAUGAAAAGCUUUGAAGCUGUCAAUUCAAUGUUCCGUUGAAUUAUGUCUAUUGGAUGAAUGUGAACCAGCCUUUCCUCAAUUAUUGUACAGCAUAUUAUUAGAAUAGAACUGAAAUAGAAAAUAAUAUGUGUAAAAUUAAUAUUAUAAUUAAAUAGCGAAUUGGCUUAGCUCUGGUGAAUUUGUCAGACAUUUUCUGACUAGUGUAGGGAUCAUUAAUUUGGGUUUAAAAUAUGAGUUUAUACUAAGGUUGCUAACCGUACUAUAAUAUAUAGUACGCAAAAAUAUUAUAUUUUCAACACUGAAAUCUAACAAACAAAUCUUUCAUUUUGAAACUUUCUAAACAUUAGUUUUCGACAGAUGCAUUAGCGUGUUAUCGUGUUGUUAAACGAUAAAAAUACGAGCUUUUGGUUUCAAUAAUUUAAAAAUUACAUGAGAUAGCAUAUAAUAUGACACUCUUAUUUUAGCCAAAAAACCUAAAAAAAUGCAACAAAUCUAACCAAAUUUAGGAAAUAUGUUAUAAAAAUAAACGUAGUUGUUCACUUAUUCCGUAAAAUACUAUAUAUUCUUAAAAUUUAGGUACCAUAUUUUUUAAAGAUAAAUCUGAAAAUACCUUCUAUAUUUUUCUCAAAAAAUGUUUGCAACCCUAGUUUAUACCAACGCAAAGCAAAUGUACCAUUAAAAAUUUCGGAUGGGGUUCAAAAUAAAUCGGCCAUAGCCCGACAAAUUCACGCGAGUUAUGCCUUUUACCUAAUUUUUGUACUAAAAUGAAAACCACUCGCGAUACUUUUAAACUCAUAAUUACCAUUAAUUAUAGGAAAUUAUGAGAAAUUUCCUAAUGUUUAAUUUGUGUAAUUAUGUAUGUUUUAUUAAUAUUUAUAAAAAAGUCAAACUACCGUCAAAUUUAUACUUCAAAAAGCACUGUUUUGGCUUAAGGCUAUAUAUAAUAUGAUAUAUAAUUUAUCCAAAAUUGUCCAAAAAUACGUAGUAUUUUUUCGUAGUCUAACACAAUUAAUUAUGGUAUUAAAAAAAUAUUCCGUUAAUGCUUAAAGUAGCCACGUUUCGACUAAGUAUUAUUAAAUAGUUUUAUUGUAUGUACUUAAAAUUAUUUAUAAAAGACGCUAUUCUUAAUAAGCUUAGUUAGUUAGAUAUUAUAGAGAGAAUAUACAUAUACUGUAGACCUGUAUUUUUACUAUUUUAUGAUAUUACUGAACUGGAAACUUAAAUGAAAGCUUUAUUAUGGUAACCGUAAAACAAAUCAAACAUUUAAUGAUAAGUUUUCAAGUUAAAUAACACGAAGUAUGUUUACCUGAUACUUUGGUUCCACUGGGAAUUUGGAAUUGGGAUACAGUUUAUUUCAGUUGAAACCUAGAUCUGAUUGUCUACAGUAUUGAAAUCGUAAUUUAGGAUUUCAAAAAUAUUUUGUUCUUAAAAAGAUUUCUACAAAAAAAGAAAUUCUAAAACCUACUAAAAAAAUAAUUUGUUUUUCAAAAUGUGUCUCAUGAGUCAAAAUAUCUCAAUUCUCCAAAUUGUAUUAGGAAUUAUUCUUUACAUUUCAUUGGUAGAGUAUUGAGUACUUUUUUUGGAAUUAAAACCAUGUCACUUGCUAGAUUUUGAAAUUGCAGUCAGGGCUAAAUUAACUUUUUGCUCCUUAAAAAGCUUAGAAUUAUUAAACUAAACUUAGACCAGUCCUAUAGCGGAAAUUUUAUGUGAUAAAAAUUCCUACCUACUUAGUAGGAGUUACGAUACAAAUCAAGGAGCGUUAGGUAAAGGUAUUAUAUUAUUUCAUACAAACAAUUGUAGACUUGAAGAUAGUAUCAACAAAACUUAUUUUUCUGGUGAUUUAGGCCUCAUUUGCACGACAGUUUCGCUGCGGCACUGAUUUUUCUGUACUUUCCUCUGGUGCGGUACGAGGUUCUUUGAAAUCAUACUAAAACUUUAUGUAGUGCGGUACGAGGUCCAUCGACCUCGUAACCCUUGAACACGCCUGACAAACGAGGUCAAUCGACCUCGUAACUCUUGAUCACGCCAGACAAACGAGGUCAAUCGACCUCGUAACUCUUGAACACGCCAGACAAACGAGGUCAAUUGACCUCGUACCGCAGCGAACGUGUUAAAACCCAGCUUUGGCGGGCGUAGCGUAUAGUAUGAAGUUGAAUGGAGGUCUAUUUCCAACGCCCAAAAUUGAAAAUAUUCGAUAAAAUAGCGUAGUGUUUUAAAAACACUGUCAUAUUAACUACUUAUAUACUAUACUUGGGAAUGCAUUUGUUUGUUGUUUUGUUGCAACUCUCGUGCGAAUGAGGGCUUAAGCUUCAGUUACCUGUAGGUAUAUCAUAGGUGUCGAAAUGACGCCAUAAUUCGCUAGUCUGUAUUUACGAUAGCCAUAAAUACCUAUUAUGUAUAAAAUGUAAUAUUAAAAUAUACUUAACAUUUCUCGCUAAAA